AUGGUGAAGCCAAAAAACACCGUGAAUAAAAAACAAAAAGUAAGUAUUCCUUUGAUAUUUUAGUAAAAUCACACGUAACAUAUCUGAAUGUGGACUUUCAAAUACCUUAUUAUAGUAAAUUAACGAUGCACUUUAUUAACGCGAGAUAAAUUAACCUGUCAUCUAAUUAAUGCGAAUUACUUUCAGGUACUUCUAAAACUGAUUAAAUUAACGCGAAUACGACAGUUUGACAUAUGAUAUACAUAAAUGUGACCUCAAUCCUACCAUAACUCCAUAAGUAGGUGCUUGUGUGGUGUAUUUCUGAAUGAAAACUGAAGUGAAAAUUGUCGUUUUUUGAUAUAUGAGAAAUAAUCUUCCUGUGAGAUUGCCUCUUGGUCAUUAUUAUAACUGACCUUGCAAUUUGCUAAACAAAAAGGUGAUUGCUACUCAUCGAGAAAGUGCUAAAUAUUAGGUCAUUUUCUCGGAAAUUAAUGCACUAGUCAACUGAAACCCGGAUCCCUGGGCAUAUGCUGGGUUUUAGCUUACACGACUUUGUGAGGAACAUACAGAGGUUUUAGUACUUGGGGUUUUAUAGUAACUCUGAUAAAAACAAAAGGUACAUAAAAAAUUAACGAGGAUCGAACUCGUUAUGUACUGCAUAUAGUAUACACGCUAUACACAAUGCCCCGUUUGCACCAGGGACCUGGCAACGAGUCGCAUUAUGCAUAAAGUAUAAUAUACAAUACUUGAAGUAACAGGCCUAGCAAGUUCCUACAAUACACAACACGCUAUGGAUAAUAUCUCGAUUGCGCGAGCUCGGGACCUGGAAAUGAGUCCAUCAAAAUGAGGUUGGUAGGUCAGAUGCCAUAUUGUCAUCCUCCUCCCCAGCCCCAAGCUGGUGCGGCCCUCACAGUGGCCUUGGUUCAGGCUGAUUGUGCAAGCAGAACAAAAUGCUGCCAUUCACUUUGUCAAUCAAGUACUUGAUAAAUACUAAAUUUUCGUAAGAUUACAUUAUAAAUCAAACUCUUCAAAUUAUCAAAUACAAUUUAUAAAAUUGCGUUGAUUCAAACAGAUAGGUAGAGGGGGACAAUUUACACAAUAAUCUUGUCGACGUUGCAUACACAAGAUAUACAUUUCUACAGUCGUGCAUGAAGUGUGACUGAUAUCUGAGUCUUGAAUACUCAUAAUACUGCAGUUUAUAGUAUCACAUGCAAUAUCACUAAAAAAGUUCACAAAUUCAGAAACGAUUCUAUUACUCUAAGUAAACGAUAUUAAAUCAUUUGAUGCCACAGAUUUUUAAAACUCUGAGCUUAGUAAUACUUUUAUUUUUUCUCUAACAUGAAAAUGCAUUCUUGUUAUUAGCCCAAUCCAACUGAGCCAACAGAUUUAAAGGAUGCUAAACCACAAACUGCGCAGAAGGCGAAGCCAAAGAACGACAAGAAUAAGAAACAAAAAGUAAGCGCGUAGUGUGUACGGAAAAGUCCUUGAAUUGGAAGAAAAAAUUCCAGGACUGGAAAGUCCUUGACAAUCAGCAGAAGUUCUUGAAAGUCCUGGAAUAAAUUUCCUAACCCUCCACCUGUGUCAACAUUAGUGAUUUUGAUUAAAAUUACUGAAUAAAGUUCAAUUAUUUGCUGGCCAAAUCCGUGCCAUUUUCAAAGAUUUUUCCCACUUCUAGCUUCUUGAAUUUACUGAAAAAAAGCCUUGAAAGUCCUUGAAUUUCACUUUUACCAAAGGGUGGACACCUUGUAAUUAUUGAGUGCAGCUAAAAACUUUUUUUUGAAUCUGUAGAUUAUCCAAAUCGAAGCAGAGGAAACCCCACAACAGAACUACGCUCCAGAACUGAACGCCGUUGAACCCACCACGUCAACCCAACCUGGCACUCUAAAUUUUCUAGAUACCGUAGAUCAAAUUAGGGUUCAGAAAAUUCUAGACUGCUUCAAAUCCCACGAAGUUAAGGAAGUGGAGACUCAGACUUCAUUUGAACCUGAAAGACUACGGCCAAUUGUGGAAAAAUCGGUUCAAACAGAACAUGCUAACUAUUCGUGCAACUGCAGUUCGACAAUAGCGAAGCAUUUUGAAGAACUGAAUAAAAAGCUUGACUUAUUCAUUGCUAAGCAAGAACCAUACACCCUACUGACCACACCAAACAAGCCAAAGUUUGAGUUCAAUAACGAUGAGUGCGAAUAUGCUGGAUCUGUAUCACCCUCGCCAACAUUUGAACUCCAAGGUGGAGACGUGUUCAAAAAGCAGCAGGAACGACAACAAAAAUACAACGGCAACAACCAAGAGGCACUUACCACCAUCAAUUUGGCUGAAUGUAGCUUGCCAGGAAUGCUGUAG